UGUUGCUCUCACAGGUUGACGGUAUCACUGAGGUUGUUCUGAAGAUGGGAGGGACGGACCUACUAUUCCAUUUACCUGGGGGUUUGACUAAGUGGUCUUGCCCGCUAUCUAUACCCUAACACCCAGAUUGGACCGACCCAUUUGGGUUUGCAUGCGCGGGGGGAAGGGCAGCAAGCUGAACCUACGUCGAGUCUGAAGUGGCUCGGCAGGCUCUGAGCCCUUUGUGAGCAUUGUGACGAAGACACUUCAACAGGCGCCAGAUGCCUCUUCACUCUCCAAGGCUGUGUUCUUUAAGACAUAACACAUUUUAAGCUUUAGCGGUGAAACAACUUUGGCAUCAAGCUUUGGUUCAUUUGGAGGCUAAUUUAGGAUGCACUUGGACAAAGGACAUAAAUGUACAAAGGCCUAUUUGUGUUUCAUCAAGACAUCUGUUCAUGUUUUGUUUAUCUUCUGUGGACCUUUUUGCUCAUAGAGGACUGUAGUAUCAGUUGUUUUUUUACUCCAAGCGAUAGCAUUACGUGACGUCCCUGAAUCGAGUAUCAGAUUUGAUCAGCCUGACGUAUCUAGGUAAGGCUACACCUAGAUCAGCUCAGCGCUUGGGUUCGUGUGAAGUUAGAGGGCCAGAGCUGCUGACAGAAGUGGAUGACAUCAAUUAUACCCUACCCACAAACCCACUGGGCCUGACGGUGCCGUUUCUGAAGCUCGAUCAAUCAAAAAUAGGUGAGCUGCCACUCGUGGCUGCACAGCUAUUGACUCUUCAAUAAUUCAUCAGUUUGUAAGAGGGGGAAAGUAAGAGAGCUAGGAGUGACGGAUGGUGGUGGAGGAAGAGAAGACUAUCACCGGGGGGAGGGGGGGAGUUGAAAAACGCAGAGUUGAAGACAUCUGACUAGAUGUUGAAAAGAAACACAGAGACAUAAGAAGCUUGAGAAGGGAAGGUAGAUUAAGACAGGACAGUGAGUGACUCAAAUCCAGGAUUGUGAAAGGCCCAGACAGAGAGGGCAGGUGGAGCAAAAGAGCGGGCCUUGAAGUGAGAAAGAGGACAUAGACAAGUGUUUUACAGGUCACAUUCAGUGGUAAGAAGACAUCGAGAGCAGCCACCAUGGUCAACACAGGCAUGCAGCUGAUCAGCUUCACCUGCGCGGUGACAGGUUGGGUCAUGGCCAUCGCUGUGACGGCCUUGCCUCAGUGGAAGGUGUCCGCCUUCAUCGGCAGCAACAUCCUCACCUCCGAGAUCAAGUGGGAGGGCAUCUGGAUGAGCUGCAUCUACCAGACCACGGGCCACAUGCAGUGCAAGACCUACGACUCCAUGCUGGCUCUGCCCCCGGACCUCCAGGCAGCUCGUGCCCUCAUGUGUGUGGCCAUCUUCCUGGGCUGGCUGUCCUGUACUGUGUCCUGCUGCGGCAUGAAGUGCACCACGUGCGCUGGGGACGACCGCCACGCCAAGGCGGGCAUCGCCCUCUCCGGCGGCGUGCUAUUCAUCCUGACGGGCCUGUGCGUGCUGGUGCCCGUCUCCUGGACCGCCAACACGGUGGUCCAGGACUUCUACAACCCCAACGUGCCUGCCAUGUACAAGCGAGAGCUGGGCCAAGCGAUCUACCUGGGUUGGGCAUCUGCAGUUAUUCUGAUAAUCAGCGGGGCUGUGCUGAGCAGCACCUGCCCCCAUAUCGAGAGGGGAGGAGGGGAGUACCACCAGGGAUACAUGGGCCGGAGCUUUCCUAACUUGCGCCCCUCCCCCCUCGCACCUGAUCCUCCGAAACCUAUUACCUGUAACAGUGUGCCCCUGAAAGAAUAUGUGUAGUCAGAGAAAAUGUGUGACUAUAAUUGUAUGAAUUGGAGUAUGGGAAGGAGCAAAGUUGAGAAGAGGAAGUAGAAGGCAGGCGAAGGAAACUUUUUUUGGACUGUGAGUGGGGGUGAGGAGUUGUGAUUUGGGAGGUUUUGAAGAUGGGAAGCAUUGGAUUUGAAGCUCUACUCUGCAGUAAUCUUUCACUCUUUUACUGUGAACCUGAUGCAUUUUUAUUUAUUGGAACUAAUAUUUUUCAAAUGUAUUUGUACAUAUUCAUCUCUACAUAUUGUUUGAGACUUUCCAUUAUGCCUAUCAUUAUUCGCCUCAUUUGUAUUCCAAUGUAUUUAUUGACUACAAUACACAUUUAUUACACCGUGAUACAUAGUAUUAGUGCACGGACAGCUCACAAUACUUCAGCGAAUGCCUGGAAGACACGACAUCAAUCACCAUAAACAUCUUUUAAGAUAUUCGUUUUGUGUGCCUUGUGUUGUGAAGAUUGGAGUGAUUUCUUUCACAAUUCUUCUCAGAUGUCUGUUAAAUUACUUCACAGAUUUUGUCUCAUAACUAUUUUAUUGAGUUUGAAUAAGUCAAAAUUGUAAAAGAAUAAACAGAUUUUCCCAA